AUUCCUCGAUCAGUUUGCAUGCGGUCACACUGAAAUAAAUCCCGCGAUAUGGUUUAUUACAGACAUCACCAAAAACUCAAUAUGAAGUAUAAUUUAAAAAAUAAAACCGCCGAGCCUCCGCGGACGUCCCUAGGACACUUUGCCGCUAUAAAAUUCAAGGAGUUCUGUGCGAGGACGGAUCUGCACGGUUUUAAGUACAUCACCAAGGAUGGGCUCAACGUAGCUGAAAGGACCGUGUGGGCGGUCGUGGUCGGAAUCAGUAUUAUAUGUGCGGGAUUUCUUCUAGUCACAGCGUACAGAUGGUACGCCAAAAAUCCCAUCGUGACUGUGGUAGAGACAACUCAAGGCGUUAUUUGGGAUAUUCCAUUUCCAGCGGUAACUCUAUGCGAUAUGAAUAUUGUAUCUAAGAGUGCAGCCCGAAGAUUGUCCCUAGAACUGAUGUUGCCUGAGAACGUGACAUCAGAUUUCGUGUUCAAGACACUACGACUGGUCCCACUAUUGCAUUCCUUAAAAACCGUUGGGCCUGAUGAGAAAAGAGAGCUGAACAUUCUACAGGACGUUCUGGAGCUAAACAAAAUUACCAUGAAAACAUUAUUCAAAAGACUUUCGUCAACCAACGUGUGCAGCAACAUAUUGGAGCGAUGUAUGUGGAAGAACACGAUAUAUCACUGCAACCAGAUUUUCCGACACACGUUCGUGUCAGUCCAUCAGUGCUGCACAUUUAAUUAUUACGCCGUAAACGACGAGGACAAUGAGUUAAAAGUGUUCCGCUUUUCGUUACCCAGACGCGUAGCCUCCUGCGGAUAUCAAACUGCCUUGACAGUUGUCGUCAAAACAGAUCCUACAGAUUACUACAGCAGUAACCAUGCUUCAUUAGGAUCACUCGUGUUUGUUGACAACGCAUACAACGUUCCGGACCUAGAUUCGCCUAUGCGAGUAGUCAACCCGUCAUCCGAACUACUAAUCGCUGUAUCAGCGGAGAGGACUUACGCUACGUCGGGAAUCAGAUCGUUCCCAGUCUACGACAGACACUGCUACUACACCGAUGAAAUCGAAAUCCCAAACAUAAAACAAUACUCGUUCCACAAUUGCAGGGCUUUACGAAGAAUGCAGUUAAUGGUAAAAUUGUGUGACUGUGUACCAUUUUAUUUUCCAAAGAGAGAUCGCAAUAGAAUAUGUAACUUCAAUGACAUCGAGUGCCUGGAAUCAUUGUCAAAUAUGACAUAUAUUCAAGGCUUAACAUAUAAUAACAUAACAGAGAGCGUCGACAAAAUAGAAAAUGAUAUAGAAUGUCUGCCUGAGUGUGAACAUUUUUCGUAUCCGCUACAAGUUGGUUUGGGGACUAUAUCCAAUCGGGUACCGCUCUCAGGAAUAGAAUUUUAUAAAGACAUAGAUCUGAUAAAUCGCUCCGUGGUGAAUGUGUUCUUCAAUGAUCUCGUGGCGACCAGAUACCGUCGGGAUGCUUACCUUAAUUGGCAGAACGUAUUAGCUGCAUUUGGUGGACUGCUGAGUUUAAUGUUGGGCUUCACUGUGAUCUCACUAGUUGAUUUCUUUUUAUUCUUCCUCCUUCGCGUUGUUUAUGAUGCAGUGGACAGGUUCUUCAAAGGCGAGGAUUUCAAGCAAUCUGCUUCAAGACAGGCUUAUUUCAUAAAUGUGGCUGAACAAAAUAGGGAAGGAUGGAUGAAACCCAAGGUCACACCGUCUAAGAACGAGAACUAUCUAGAUUUAAAAAAGAAACAAAAGGAUAUGUUCUAUGGUAAAAUUAGGUAUUAAAUAACUAAAAUAAGCAUAUCAAUUUGAGGGACUUCAAAGUUUUUUUGUAUGCAACCCGGCGCUAAUUUGUUGUUUAAUUAAGUUGAAAGUGGUAUGCAUGGGUAGAGAAGUAAACACACAAACAGUCAUGUAACAUGUAUGUAUAUUUGGAAGUAAAGAUCGACAUACUUAACUUUAAGUAUGGACGUAAUUUUUUCUUAACACUACUUGCAUAGUGGGGUUUUUAUGAUAAGAAUAUUAAUAAUAGAUUGUUGUUUUGCUCUGCAUAAGUUAUAUUUACACAUGUUUUAUAAUAAAUUUUCCGAUUGUAUCUAUUACUAACAGUACUUUUCUUUUAAGUUCAUAUUUAACAGUAAAUAUUUAAGAAAUGGUUACAGUUUAUUAUUACAUCUUCAUAAUUAUAUUUAAAACUGAAAUAUGUUAGGCUUGUAAUUAACAACGGACGAUGCUACUAUGGAUGGACUAAUAAUAAAAACGCGAAAGUUUGAUAUUUAUUGAAUGGAUGUUUAUUUGGAUCUUUGUUACUCUUUAACGCCGGUACUACUGGAGCGAUUUGGCUGAAAUUUGGAAUGGAAAUAUAUUUUA